AGAAGGUGGGAUCGGAGUGACUUCGCGGGGCUGCGGAUUAGGCAGAAAGCGAAUGGAGACUUCAGUCCCUGGACUGGAGGGUCAUACCUGCGGUUGCUCCUGUGCUGUUGGGAGAAGGAGUCAAGCGCCCUCGGGUGGGACGGCUUCAGGGCUGGUGGCCAAGGUGGGCGAAAUGCUGAGCUCCUCAGUCUCAAACUCUCCUCUGACGUUCAUGGCCCAUGGCGCCCCGAAGCCCAGCGGCUCCAGCCUCAGCAGUAGCUCCGCCGGCGGCUUGAACUUGAGCCGGGACUUAUUGCAGCGCAGCCUGGUGCUGUUCUUUGUGGGCACUUUUCUGGCGCUGGUGCUGAACUUGCUGCAGAUCCAGAGGAACGUGACUCUGUUUCCAGAGGAAGUCAUCUCCACCAUCUUUUCCUCCGCCUGGUGGGUGCCCCCGUGCUGUGGAACGGCGGCAGCUGUUGUUGGCCUGCUGUAUCCCUGCAUCGACAGUCAUCUUGGCGAGCCUCACAAAUUCAAGCGAGAAUGGGCCAGCGUCAUGCGAUGCAUAGCCGUGUUCGUUGGCAUUAACCAUGCGAGUGCUAAAUUGGAUUUUGCAAACAAUAUCCAGCUCUCCUUGACAUUGGCAGCGCUGUCAUUGGGCCUCUGGUGGACAUUCGAUCGUUCCCGAAGCGGUCUGGGUCUUGGAAUUACAAUAGCUUUUCUAGCCACUCUGAUUACACAGGUUCUUGUCUAUAAUGGAGUUUAUCAGUAUACCUCUCCAGAUUUCCUUUACAUCCGGUCUUGGCUGCCAUGUAUAUUUUUCUCAGGUGGCGUGACUGUAGGGAACAUCGGACGCCAGCUGGCUAUGGGCGUUCCCGAGAAGCCUCACAGUGACUAAGUGUCCGGCUCCGCAGUGCCUGUCCGAGGGCGAAGCGCAGACGGCCUCCUGCGUCUGAACUGGGAUUAUUUUUCUUGACUAGCCUGUGCGGGGCUCUGUGCCGAGAGGACUGGCGAGGGAAGGUGACAUCCGCCUUGCAGCGGCCGAGGGCUCACCUUGGCUUUCCAGAGACGCAUCUGUCCUUGGUUCUCCGGCGGAAGAAUCCCAUAGAGACUUUAAUGCACCGCGAGUCGUGCUUGGCGGCGGCCCCAGGCGCCGGGCUCCAGUCGCAGUCGUUGAAACAGCGGCCAUAUUUCAAAGCCUUGAAGCAAAACUGUAAGCUUUGUGCACGUGCCCAAAGAAGGUUGUGGCUGACCGGGUGGUGCUGGGAGGUGGAAGGGGCGCGACUAGUUUCAUAGGAAAUCGUAUUUAUCCCGCUGUCCUUUAAGAUAGGGUUGCCAGAGGAUCAGCAUCAGGAUACAAUCACUUGGGUGCCGCGUGGAGGGAUAGUUGCCACCGGCACAGUCCGAUGGGAAGUUCUGCUUUGCAGGCCCCACUGAAGCAGAAGGGGGGAAGGGCCCUACUCUUUCCGUGGGGCCGCUGCAGGAGGACUGGUUUGGAGUUCCCUUUCGACUUGUGUGUGUGGGGGGGCUUUUCUGGAGUACCAGAUCUCUGGAGAAAGUCAAGCAGAAGCCGUCUCAUUCACAAAGAAGCAAUAAGUCCGUCAGCUGCUCCUGGGACCGGCUGGCCCCUUGUUCCUGUCCUGCUGUCAAAUUAAAACACAGCCAAAAUCCGUUCUUCGUCAGCAACUCACUUUGCCGCGUUUCCAAAGGGGGGGAAGCCCUCAAGUCCCCUCUGGAUGAACCAGUCCUCAGCGGGCAGGACGGGCGGAGGAUUCUCCUCCGAUUCCUGUCGAGUUUUCUAGGAGUCUUUUCUGGUUUGGGGGUUCCAGCUCCACAGCUGCCAUCAAAAGAAGCAGGGCAGGCCAAAAGUGUUACUUCGUGCUUCUUUAUCCGUGACCUCCGGCUUCACACUGUGUUUCUGAAGAAGUCAUCGCUCUUGUGUUUUUUUAUAUAUACAAAAUUCUUUCUCAACCCUAUGUGACUUGCAAUCUGUGAUUGCCCUGUUAAAAACGCCUGCAUCACUGUGUUAAACAUGUGGGGGGUGUCUUAAGUAGUUCCAUAGGCAGCACAAUGGCAACUUGAAUAACAUAGGCCACCGUUGACCUAAUUAACAAGUAUUGGGUCUCAGAAUUUAGACGUGCAAUGUCCGAUUGAGAAAUCUGAGCCUCGUCUCCUCUUUAAUAUCUCCUCAAACAAUGCGGAGCUCUUAAUCGCAUUUCAACGCUGCACAGAGGCAAAAAAAAAAUCAGCAAUAAUUGAAUUAGUGAUGCUUAGUUCAUGCCUCCUCCUCCGCACUUCUAAAGAAAUGCUCUGGUCCUGUGCUUGUGGGUGCAAAGUGCUCUUGCUACGUUGCCUUUUUUUUUGUAUGGGGCAAUUGGCUCUUCUCCGUUUCCAACUUCAGGAAGGCUUCCAGUCUAGGCAGCGGCGAUUUCACUGGGGCUACCAGCUGAAGCUGCAUUCUUCCCUUUUAUUCUUUCCCCCCCCUUUCAAGGAAGCCUCUCCCUAAAGCAGUGUUUCACUCACUCUUUAAACCCAGGCCCCCUCCUAAACUGAAUUUGCCUUCUUUGCCAACCCGCUCAGCGGCACGCACGGGCGGGGCCUUUGUCCACAGCCGCACGCGUGCAGCCUGUUAUGGAGAACAGGGGGACUGAUCCGGCACUGAGAUCAGGGCAAGCAGGGUUCCCCCGAGCCGAUUCCGGCUGCAGUGCGAGGAAGACGUCUCUGGCGUGCCAGCCGCAGCCUCUUUGCCUUUCCGGGAACGCUUUCUCGGGGCGUGGUGCUUCCCUAGCUACAGCUUGAGAACCACCAUCCUAAAAAUUAAAAAAAAACAACUUCUGGAGCAUAUUUAAAUGCUGUUAAGUGUUUGGGGUUUUCUGUUCAUUUGUUUGAAACCAAGAGGUCAGGCAGUGGUGGGCAAAUCACUGACUCUGAAGUAGGUUGGUGUUACUCAAUAAGACACUGUUUGCCGAUCGCAGUCUUGACUCCCCCUUUUUUUUCCCCCUGGCCUUCCAUUGGCUUUUAAAGGUGUGACAAUUUACCAAACUGAGUUCAAAGCAUAUUCAUCCUAAUGCUUUCUCUGCCCAUGUGAGUCGUCCUGUUUAACUGGCAUUAUUUGACGGCUAUGCCUAUGCAAACCUGUUAUCUGUUCACUGAAAACAGAUCUCAGCCACUGUGGCUCCACCCAGAAAGCAAAGAAGCGCUUUGACAAUAUCCGUCUCCCCAGUACCAGAGAUAUAACUAUAAAGGGCAAUGAUAGGUGUACAUAUGUAAUCAUGGGAAACAGUAAGUAUUUUAUUUGUAAAGGUUCGAAAGGAAAUCUUUUGUUUCGACAAGGUGGCCAAAAUACACGUCAGAAGUUCAAUCUUGCCAAUUUUUGUCUGUCUGAACCAAAGUGAUCAGAGUUUGUGUUACAAAGAACUAUGAGGGGGGAAAACUUGCACUAUCCUAGAUUGGCAUCCGUAGAUUCUCCAACUGGGUAGGCUUUCAGUAGUGGUGUGUGUAUGUGUGUGUGUAUGUGUGUUUUUUAAUUAUUAAAGGUUUAA